AAGCAAAAGUUUGUGGCCCUAAAACUUCCUUAUUUGUCCAGAGGUAAAGAGGACAGCUUUGUUUUUGACAGAGGUCCCGUCCCCAGCGCGGGAUGACGAAGGGUCAGCCCCAUCAGGCCGGCUGAUGACAACGCUGACGAAGACGGUGAUGAGGAUUGUGACGUCCGAGGGCUGCACUCGUGUUUGUGGGGAUAGAAAAAAAAUUCAAUGUAUAGGAGAGCAUCUCUGAAACCACCACCGCCCCCUUUGAUGUAAAUCAAAUGUCUAUAUUUGGAGGGAGCUGAUGUCACAAGUGGUUUGAGCAGAGCGCCUAUAACUGUUGGAGCGGGCUCAUGUGGCAGACCGACAGCGCUGGGCUGCUGAGGUGACAGACUGGGAGAGCACAACACUAGGCACCCCUCCGGACCCGCAUCAUGUAUCACCUGAGGGUGCACAGGCUUCUUCUCCUGGUGCUUCUGUUUCUGCGCUGCAUUGUUGCUGCUCCAAACCACCGGUACUUCAGUACCGGAUUGUCCUUCGAGCAGGAACACCUUCCCCCGGAAAGCGAGGACUGGUCUCUUCCCGAGCUCAUUGCUAACCCGUUUCUCAGACUGUUGGGCCCACGGACACAAAGAGAGCUCACGCCAACAAACAGUCAUCACUUAGAGAAAAGAAAGUGCAACACAGCCACUUGUGUCACUCAAAGGUUAGCAGACUUCCUGGUUCGCUCCAGCAACACCAUCGGAACCGUCUACGUCCCCACCAAUGUGGGCUCUGCCACGUACGGGAAGAGGGGCCUACGGCAGCCCCCCACCUACCUGUCUCUCUAGUGACGCUCUUUCUGUGCAUUUGAUGGUGAAAAUAAUCCGUUUUUGUGGUUCAUUUUAAAACUUGAGCAACAGUGCCUUUAUUUUAAACCAGUCAUGUUUGUUCUUUCUCAGCUGGUUUGUAGUGAUGACGUUUUUUCACAACAGCAUGAAGGAAAUGCAAAGAAAAAAAAUCAGAACUGAUUGUAACAUAUUUAAAUAAAAUGAAAAAAUGUAAAGCCAUUGUAGAUAAAUGCAUUUGUUGUUUUGAUAAUAAAAUGUAAAAAGUA